AUGGCGAGCAGAAUACCAGAUGAAUUAUGGGAGAGCAUUGGCAAGCGCCUCAACACAAAGACCGACGUUUCUCAAUUUCGUGCUGUGUGUAAGUCAUGGCGAUCCUCUCUUCCUCUUUUUGCAAAACAGUUCCCUUUGCAAUUCCCCAUCCAAGUCACUAAGAAGUGCUCCCUCAGCUUCACCCUCAACGAGAGUGUAAUCUAUCAUCUUGCACCUCCCGCCGCCACUGAUCCCCGUGAAAGGGGUUGGUUGAUUUGUGUCGAAGAAGGAGAGACGGGUGAAACUCAUCAUAUGUUGCAUCCACUCUCCCAGUCUACCGUUCUGCAGUUGCCCUACUCAUAUCCGAAGUUACUCAACUUAUUGGAAUAUCGGGUAUCUGAGGUGGCCAAAGUAUAUGUCCCACGUUUUAGGGAUGACUGCUGGUUUUGUGGUAAGGCGGCCCUGUCCUUGAAUCUCGAUUUCCCUGCGGUCAUGAUGGUGAUACGGGGAAUGUUAUGGUACGGAAAAUUAGGCGUUGACAGAAAAAAGUGCAUCCAAGUCUCUCCGUUGACUCGUGAACGUUCCAUUUAUGAAGAUGUUAUCUUUUAUCAAGGAAAGUUCUGUGCUGUCUGCUAUAAUGGAACAGCCGUAGAGGUUGAUUCUUCUCUUGACGUGACGAUGAUCGCGUCUCCAAUAAAAGGUCGUUUUACCCUCAAUUAUCUGGUGGAGUCAUCUGGGGAGGUUCUUUUGGUUCGUUUAUCUGGUGAAGAUUCUUAUUCUUCUUGUAACUCUUCCGGUGAAGAUUCUGAUUCUUCUGAUGAAGAGUCUGAUUCUUCUUACCAGGAGCUCUCGCUGGCGCCAGCACCUGCUGAAGUUACCCACGAAGGUGGGUUUUCGAGUGGAGCUAACUAUCGAGACUUGCGCAUACUUGGUGAAUUGGUUCUUGCACUGCCGCAAGUGCCAGCACCGGCUGAACUUGCCAAGCCGGUUCAUGAUGAAGAUUCUUCUUACGAGGGCCUGCCGCAAGCGCCAGCACCAGCUGAAGUUGUCCACCCAGCUCAUGACGAGGAUUCUGAUUCUUCUUCUGGUUCUUCUGUAAAGGUUUAUAAAUUGAAUGCAGAUGAGAAAGAAUGGGUUGAGGUUGAGGCGGAAGCUUUGCGUGAUCGAAUACUGGUGGUGGGGAGCGACCACUGCUUCUCUGUUUCUACUGGAGAUUUCCCAGGGUGCAGGGGGAGCUGCAUUUAUUUCUACAAUCCAGAUAAUCGUACAAUUGCGUUAGGAAGAGGAAGCAUGUUGAGCCAAACCGCAGUGUUCUGCUUAGAUUCUGGCACUUGGUUGCCGCUAACAGAUUAUCCAAGUUUUCAAAACAUCUUUUGCCCACCGCCAACUUGGACUUGGUUGCCAACUUGCCAAGCCAACAACAAAGGAAAAGUAAACAACAAGACUUGGACUUGGACUUGGACAUGA